AUGCUAGUGUUGAACCAAACAAACAUGAAUCCAGUCUCCUUCAUUCUUACUGGGAUCCCAGGACUGGAGAACAUGCACAUGUGGAUUUCCCUUCCCUUCUGCUCCAUGUACCUUGUGGCUCUGGUGGGGAAUUGUGGACUCCUCUACCUCAUCCGCUCCGAGGAUGUCCUGCACAGACCCAUGUACUACUUUUUGGCUAUGCUUUCUCUCACCGACCUUGUCAUAUGCUCUAGCACAAUCCCUAAAGCCCUCAGCAUAUUCUGGUUCCACUUUAAGGAAAUCAGCUUUGAUGGAUGCCUGGUCCAGAUGUUCCUUGUCCAUACCUUCACAGGGAUGGAGUCUGGGGUGCUCAUGCUUAUGGCCCUGGACCGCUAUGUGGCCAUCUGCUACCCUCUGCGCUACUCAACUAUCCUCACCAAUCCCAUCAUUGCAAAGGCGGGGCUCUCCACCUUUCUCAGAGGGGUGCUUCUCAUCAUUCCCUUCACCUUCCUCAUCAAGCGCCUGCCUUACUGCAGAGGCAAUAUAAUCCCCCACACCUACUGUGACCACAUGGCUGUGGCCAAGUUAUCCUGUGGCAAUAUCAAGGUCAAUGUUAUUUACGGUCUGAUGGUUGCCCUCCUGAUUGGGGGCUUUGACAUCCUGUGCAUCACAAUCUCCUACACCAUGAUCCUCCGGGCAGUGGUCAGCCUCUCCUCUGCAGAUGCCCGGCAGAAGGCCUUCAGCACCUGCACUGCCCAUAUCUGUGCUAUUGUUUUCUCCUACAGCCCAGCUUUCUUUUCAUUCUUUUCCCAUCGCUUUGGGGGCCACGUCAUUCCUUCAUCUUGCCACAUCAUUGUAGCCAAUAUUUAUCUGCUCCUGCCUCCCGCUAUGAAUCCUGUUGUCUAUGGGGUGAAAACCAAGCAGAUAAGAGACUGCAUCACGAGGCGUCCUUCGAGUUCUAAGGAUAUCAAAUCCCAUAAUGUACGAAAGGGACAUUUGCCCGGAGCUUGA